ACGCUCUACGGGGACACCCUGGGCGCCCUCAAGGACCUGCUGAAGAGCCUCCUGCGGAGGAACCUCACCCCGCACGGGCUGCAGGACAUGUUCGCGCACCUGGGGCCCUGGAUCAAAUCCAGCAAGGAGCACGAGCGGCAGCGCGCCGUGGAGCUCAGCGCCGCCUUGCUGCACUUCUACCUGGCCAAGCUGCAAGUCAGCGCCGUGGUGCCCUUCUACAACCUGGGCGUGCUCGUGGCGCUCUUCUCGCCGCGCUGCUCGGACGCGCUGGCCAGCGUGCGCCGCGACGCCGUCGACUGCGUCUACUGCCUGCUCUACAUCCAGCUGUGCUACGAAG